GUCGAUGAAAGAGGAGAUACGAAACACCCGACGUGCACAACGUGCAUUAUCCAUUCCCUGUUGUUGCUUUUGUUCUUACCGCUGCGCUGUCUGAGGUCGCGCUUCUUCACCACCGUUCACCAUCUCUUCCACGCUUUCCUUUUUCAGGAACAAGUGAGAGGAGUUUUGUUUUCUUUUCUUCUCUGGCAACAUUUACCUCUUCUUCACAUCUUCCUAACGCAGCUCUUUAUUAACGGUUAUUUCACCCCCUUUGCGUGUCCGCAUUAGCGUCUCUUUUUCUUAUAUAUAUAUAUAUACAUUUUUUUUCUCUUUCACUUAGUCAUGAACGACGACGCGUACGUCGAGCGAGCCAGAGUGCUGCUGCGCGGGCUCGAGAGUGAGAACGCCGAGAAUGCCGACAUCAGCGCUGCCGCGUACUCGUCCUCCGACCCGUCUGGUUACUACGGCUGCCUCGGUGUGUCACCGAAGGCCACUCCGCAGGAGGUCCGGCGUGCCUUCUUGUUUCUCAGUCAGCGCUACCACACCGACAAACACAGCAACCAAAGCGAAACGGCGCAGUCGCUCAUGAACGAUCGCUUUCAGCAACUGCAGAACGCCUACACGGUGCUGUCAGAUGAGCGUCAGCGCGCCGCCUACGACGCCGGCGGUGCCACCGGCAUUGAACGGCUUUCCUUAGUGCCGGUUGGCCUGCACCGGCGGGAGGAUAUUCUGUCCUACGUGCUCUCGCUGGAGCGGGAGGCGCAGCUGCUGCAGACGGCGAAAAUGGCAUCGGCAUCGUCGCAGACGACGCUCAACUUCUCAACGGCGCAUUUUUUUCCGUUUCUGGCUCCCGAGGCGGCGGCGGCGGAGGCGGGAGGAGAGGCAGAGGGGGAGGAGGGCCAAGACGAGAAGGAAGAACUGCAAGGUGUUGCUGCUGCUGCUGCUGCUGCGACGGCCACGGCCACCACAGCGGUGGAAGAAGGUCGCGCUGACGCGACUGUGCAGCCGACGACAGGGGCGUCCGCGCAAAGCAGCAGCAGCGAACCCGCGAAAGGCCAACGCAGCUCUUUCGUGCCUUCUCUCGCUUCUCCGUCUGCACCGUUUAACGCAAGAGCAACGCCAGCAGGCUCAGCAGACACAUCGACAGCGUCGGCUGCCGCCGAGAGCAAAAAGACGGCGACGACACCGCAAGGUGCGCCUGGCGUGUCUACCACAGGAGGCGCGAGUUCCACCGAAGCACCACAUGGGAGUGUGAACAGCAACCGCAACAGCGGGGGCCCAACUAUGGCGGCGCACGUCACCGCCAAGGAGAUCGAGGUCGAUGGCAGGCGGCAGAUUGUGCUGAUCCCCAGUGCGGAUGUGCAGCGACAGCUGCGGCAACGCAUGCACGCGGAGUCGGACGUCAGCAGCAGCGGUGGUGCAUCUGCUUCCUCUUCCUCCUUUUCCUCUCCCAAGCGUAACGGUGCGGGGCGGCCUCGUGGGUCGCCCCCUUUCCGCCGUCUCACCCCCGCGCAGUCGGUGCUACUGGCGGUUAUUCCCAAAUCCGUUGCCUUCCGCAGCUCUUUCCAGCACAUGCUAACGCCGAAGCUCGUCGCGACGUUCCGCACCGAUGCUAUGACACUACAGCGGAGCAACAACACAAGUCUCACCACCUCCGUCGAGUAUCAGCCAGAUGACAUACGCACCUACGAGUCCUCGCUGCGCUUCACCGUGACGGCGCUGAAAUGGUGCUUGCAGCAGCAUCGCGCGUUGACGCCUCUCUGGGCGAUGAAGUCGAAGCUGACGGCCUUCAAGGGGGCGCAGCUGCUCCAGAAACUAGAGUUGACGCUCAUCCGGAAGCUGUCGCCGACGACGGAACUGGAGAGCGCCGUGGCGAUGUCGCUGAACGAGCACGGCUUCUUCCGCUCCUCCGUGAACGACUUGACGGCGGAUGUGCAGCAAGGCGUGAGCGCCUACAUCGGCUUCCACACCAUGUUCCUCUCCGCCUUCACCGGUGGGAAGGUGAUUCUCGGUGUGGACACGAAGGACCCGAAGAACCCGCCAGCUUAUGGGCGGCUGCGGUACACGAUUAACUGCUCCCCGCUGGCUGGGCAGACCACGCUUGGCGUAGAGGCGUUGUACUGCCCAUCCAAUGUCCAGCAGUACGGGUUGAGUUUUUCGACGGUGCUGCCCUACUCCAUCAGCCCCAUUGCCCCGCCGCUCUUCUUGGUCGAGAGCACGCAGUUCGCGGUGGUGAACCAAAUCUCCCUCCUCUACGUCCGCGGCCCGCACCGCAUCUCUGUGCCGAUCAUCGUCUUUAUUUCCCCCAAAGUCAGCCAGGGUCUGGCGUGGAUGUCGGUCCCUCUCGCGGUGUACAGGAUCGCCACCAUGCUCUACAGACCUUACUCCCGGGCCAGGGCCAUUCACUACUACACGCAGCAGCGCAAGCUACACAUCGCGGAGACGGAUGUGGCGCGAGAAAAGGCACGGCUGGAGCAGCUGGCGCUGGAGAGUCUCGUGCUGAUGAGUCGCGCCAGUGAGGAGCGCAAGGGCGGAUUGGUCAUCCUCAACGCGCGCUACGGCGUCAUCGAACCGCAGUUCGCCGAGGUCGCUACCCCACCUCGCACGCCAGUCGUCACACGCACCCCGACACCGCUGCCUUGUGCGGCCAACUCCUCAUCGACCCCCACCACACCGCCACCACCGUCGUCGGGUCCCGCGAAUACUUCGGGGUCACCGCCUCGGCGACGUACGAAAGCGGCGGCAGCGGCAGCGGGUGGAGGGAGAGGCGGAGGUUUGGCUGCUUCGAAGGGUUGGUGGCCUUCGCAGAUUCUGGCGCGUGUGGCGGAGCGCCUGGUAAACGGCUGGCUGCGACGGCGCGCGAGUGCGGCGGCGAGGGAGAGGGAGGGCGUCGGUGAUGGCGAUGGUGACGCCUACGAGGCGGCGCACGACGCAGUGCGACAGGACGCGAUUCCUCUCGUCAUUGACGUCACCAUUGCCGUCCAAAACUUGGUCCGCGACUCUGCCCUGACGCUUCCAGCCGGCACCAAGUCUACGCUGGUCGGUUUCUGCGAUCCUGACCCGUACACGCCGGAGCAGAAGUCGCUGAAGGUUGUGUACUGGUUUCGCAAGCGCAAGCACACGGCGAUUUUUGCGGAUGACGAGGCGGUCGAGCUGCCGCAGCGUGAGCACCUCAUGACGUGA